UUCACACAACGACACCAUGGCAGACGACCAGUCCUCUCAAUCGUGGACCAUCGACAGGGAUGACUACGAACUCAACGAGGUUAUAGGGAGCGGGGCCACUGCAGUUGUCCAAGCAGCAUACUGCAAGCCCAGAAAGGAGAAGGUGGCCAUCAAACGCAUCAACCUGGAAAAGUGUCAAACAAGCAUGGAUGAGCUCUUGAAAGAGAUCCAGGCUAUGAGCCAGUGCCACCACCCCAACAUUGUGUCUUAUUAUACCUCCUUUGUGGUGAAGGAUGAAUUGUGGCUGGUGAUGAAGCUGCUCAGUGGUGGCUCAGUGUUGGACAUCAUCAAACAUAUCAUCUCUCGUGGCGAGCACAAGACCGGCGUGUUGGAUGAGGCCAGCAUCGCCAGCAUCCUGAAAGAGGUCUUGGAGGGGCUGGAGUACCUUCACAAAAACGGGCAGAUUCAUCGGGAUCUAAAAGCUGGAAAUAUUCUUCUCGGGGACGAUGGCUCGGUGCAGAUUGCUGACUUUGGUGUGAGUGCCUUUCUCGCAGCGGGAGGAGACAUGACUAGGAACAAGGUUCGGAAGACAUUUGUGGGGACCCCUUGCUGGAUGGCGCCUGAGGUCAUGGAGCAGGUCCGCGGCUAUGACUUCAAAGCUGACAUCUGGAGUUUCGGGAUUACAGCCAUUGAACUGGCCACUGGUGCCGCACCAUAUCACAAAUACCCACCGAUGAAGGUGCUGAUGCUGACUUUGCAGAACGACCCUCCCUGUCUGGAGACAGGCAUCACAGACAAGGAGAUGGUGAAGAAGUAUGGCAAGUCCUUCAGGAAGAUGCUCUCUCUGUGUUUACAGAAAGAUCCAGAAAAAAGGCCAACUGCAGCAGAGUUGCUGAAGCAUAAAUUCUUCACAAAAGCCAAAAACAACGAGUACUUGCAGGAGAGGCUUCUACACAAAGGUCCAACAAUAACGGAGCGAUCCAAAAAGGUACGUCGUGUGCCCGGCUCGAGCGGCCGUCUGCACAAGACUGAGGACGGCGGUUGGGAGUGGAGUGACGAUGAGCUGGACGAGGAGAGCGAGGAGGGUAAAGCUGCUGUGGCAGCUCUGCGGUCCCCCAGAGUGAAGGACGGGCCCGAGAAUAUGGAGCUUUUCCCACCGGCAGAUGGCUCCACACAACAUCUGCAGCCACAUGGUGCUGCGCGUGAAACCCCUGCGAAUGUGGGCCAGUCUGGAGAAGAUGUUCCACCACAGGCUCCCACUCAAACAGCAAGCCCUUCACAUGCACCCACUGCUCAGGAUCCAGCUGCAGCCAAUGCCAGUGUCCCCAUCAGCCUCGUCCUGAGACUGAGGAAUCCUAAGAAGGAACUCAAUGACAUCCGAUUUGAGUUCAUGUCCGGCAGAGAUUCUGCUGAUGGAGUUUCCCAGGAGUUGGUCUCAGCUGGUCUGGUUGAUGGGAGGGACUUAGUCAUUGUCGCUGCCAAUUUGCAAAAGAUUGUUGAUGAUCCUCAUAGUAACAAAAAUGUGACUUUUAAAUUGGCAUCUGGCGUGGAGGAGUCUGAAAUCCCUGAUGAUAUUAAACUCAUUGGAUUUGCUCAGCUCAGCAUCAGUUAAGUCCAGAAGGGCCACCAACAGAGGAUAGAAGAAACUAAUGGUGUUGCACAGCUGCAUUGUAGUCAAUUCCAAGAAACCACUACUGCCAAAGAGAGGAGGAGGAGGAGGAGGAAGACGAUGAGAAAGGAGGAGACGGGAAGGGGGCAGGAGUGUGACACUACUGCAGGAUGCAUGAGGACCACAUUGAGAAGGGGCUCAGUUCAUAACAGGAAUCACACUUGAAACGUUUACAGUGCGCUUAUACAGUAAAUGGGAGGAGAGAUGCAAUCAACUAUAUCAACUCCUUAUUUCUUUCUUCUUUUGUCCCCCCCCCACUUCAUACAUAAGCACAAUCCAAACCAUCUCCUGCCAGUACUGGAAGGGAUUGCCUUUUUGUUUUUUAUUAUUUUAUUCUUUUCUUUAAUCAACUGUGCCACAGAACUCACUAGAGUGUCGUGCUUACUUGAUAUGGCACUUUACGCUACACUGAAAUUGAAAAGUGUAAAUUCAGCCUUAGUUAGUCGAACUAUAGAUAAUACAAGUGUGUUUGGCGAAAAAUUGAGUGUAUCUGUGAUUAUUAGGUGUAUUUUAUGUACACCUAUCUGAGAAAAUCUCAAAAAACUCCCAUAACACUGAUACAAAUAACUUAGUGGAACACACUGUAGCAUAGUUUUAGUUUUGUUAUUCUGUAAAUUCAGAUGGAUUUUUACGUAGACUAUAAGCAAAUUACCAGAUUCCUGUAUAAGGCAGCCCAAGGUGUGGUGGUUUUGUCCAAACCUAACCAAAGAGUUUAGGCUCUCACUGCACUGCUGAAACGAUUCAAAUAUACACAAGUCAACCAUAACUGCUCUGUCCCAUAACUGCAGUUACAACACUUUGUCAGAUUGCGUUUUCCCCGAGGUAUUUAAAGACAGGAUUAUUUACACAGAUUGAUACCUGCCUAAUAUUCUUGUACUAUGCAAUAGAUGUUUUCUUUUCACCGUGUGUGACCACUGGUUGCUAAUAAUAUUUCUCUUGGGUUGAAUAAAUCCACUUUUUGUGCUUGUGAAGUCAACCAGGCAGUUUUAGGAACCUGCAGUGUGAUUUAACUUUAAUUAUCACAAGCAAAUUGAACAUUUAGCACACACAAACAGACAGACAGACACGUCCCUGUGGAAAGAAGCGUCAUUUAGCCUGUUACCCAUCACUGAUUUUACAGUUCUGGAAGAAUCCUGAAUGCUGGCAAUGAGUGUCGAGCCUGGAGCUAAACGUGUUACAGGCCGACUGACAGGUCAAGAAGAUGUACAAAAACUGAAAAUGUUCAACCAAAGUGAAAUUAAGUUUAAAGGGGCAGUUUACCCAAAUUGCUAAAAAAAACCAAAAACAGAUUUUGUCAGUUGCCUCAAGUGGUAUUUAGCAGAUAGUUUGGUAUUAUUUGCCUCCAUUCUGAUACAUUGGAGGUGAAUGGAAUAUUUGUGGCCAGGCUUACAUACACCAGCCGGUCAACCGCAUGCAUGCAAAAUUAAUACCAUAUCCGUCAACCUCCGCUGUACUUUGUGAUUAGUGCUAUUUAGCAAAUGUUAUCAUGCUAACAUGCUAGAAUAAGAUUUUGGCUGUGAAAAAGCAUGCUUGCUAAACAUCGGCAUGUUAGCAUUGCUAUUGCGAACAUGUUGGCAAGAUGAGAUUAGCCUUUAGCUCAAAGCACUGCAGUGCCUGAGUACAGCGUCACAGAGCUGCUAGCAUGGCUGUAGACUCUUCAAUGCCCUGAGCACAACAAACAAAAUUACAUUUACUUGCAUUGUAUCGAAGAACAACAGGAAUCUUGAGAUGGAUCCAAAUAAAACACCAACUAUCUGCAUGUAUGAAUACCACCCCAGGUACAUCUUUCAUUGAUUGGCUGAAGUAACCCUUUAAACGUCUCCAGAGGCCAGUUAUUACCUUAGUUUUUUGUUUUUUUAUCAUAUAGGCAAAUUGUUUUGACAGUUCUAUAGUGUCUUUGCUUUAUAAACACUCACCAACAACUCCCCGUCAUCACUCCCUGUGUAGCCGUUUGGUUGUUUUGUACCACGUGCAAAGGGGCUGCGAAAUGGCUCCUUGUUCCGGUACCGAUGUAAAUGGUGUAUGUAAAGAUGUUGUAAAUGUACGUAUGAUGGUAACUCCAUGCACUGUCACACAAACAUCAUGAGGUUUGUAUGUAACCAUGUAGAUGCAUUGACUGUUUAAGUGUCGGGUAAAAGGAUAAUUUCACUUGUAAAUAUAGAUCAGGGCAGAUUGAGACUCAUCAUGUUCAGUACAGAGUUUAAUUUGUUUAGUAGUGUUUUUCCACUGUUGGCCUUUUGUCAGAGCAUCGCUAAUCAUGCACAAAUUAUUUGUUCAAUUAGCACCUUAUUGAUAUGUUAACAUGAGUAUUUUUCGGAACUACAUGGGGCUUGAAAUCACACACUCUGCUUUUGAUGUCAUGAUAUGGAGUUUUCUCACUGAAACCUGUCCAAGGCUAACAGAUAAAAAAAAAAUGAUUUUAAUAAGGUGGGCGGCGCAGGUCACACUUCUAUCUCCCUGUGUGUAUGUGUGUAAUUUUGGUGAUAAAAUUAUUGAUUAUCAAAGGCUUUGAGCUGAAAGUUGCAUAGAUUUUUUUUUUUAAUUACUUUCCCCUUUAUUGUUUACUCAUCAGAAAACCAUCAUUCUGCCUCUUAUGGAGUCACCGAAUGAUUAGUAUUAAUUUAAUCAUUUAAUUGGCAAGUAAAUUUUUCUUUUUUACAGAUCAUCACAUAUAUUUUUAAAAUAUCAUUGAUUAUGAAAUGUGUACAUCAAAUGCAUAAUUUGAAGUGGAAUAUUUGUGAUAACAUACGAAACAGAUUCCUUGACAUGUAUAGCUUAUUGGAAAAUGACAACACAUGCAAAUGAUUUUAGUAGCUGAAUAAAGUCACA